AUGAAUAAGAAAAGAUACUUUCUGGAACCUCCAGAGGUCAAAGACUACCUGGUCAAAGGCGACAGAUUUACCAAGUGGUCAGAGGACUCCACAAAGACCGUUCCUGUCACCAUGAAGAUGGAUCCGAAAGGUUUUUAUGUCUACUGGAUCAACCAAAGCAAGGAAACAACGUUCCUGGAUGUUGCCACCAUCAGAGAUACCCGAAUAGGAAAACAUGCAAAACUUCCCAAACACCCCAAAGUUCGCAACGUGUUCAACCUGGACUUUCCAGACAGCAACCAUCUCUCCAAAACCCUGACCAUAGUCUCAGGCAUGGACACAGUGAAUCUGACUUACUACAACUUCUUUGCCUCAAAGGAGAAAGUGACACAGAACUGGGCAAAUGACAUUCUUGCAAUUGCCUACAACGCUGCAAGAAACAAUGCAUGCAGACAAGUCUUCCUGGAUAAAAUGUACGUCCGCAUCUCUCUUCACACCAACAAGGACGGCAAGAUCCCGGUGAAAAAUAUUUACAAGAUGUUCCCUGCGGAUAAGAAGAGGGUGGAAAGUGCCUUAGCAUCAGCGCACCUCCCUAAAGGAAAGCAUGACACCAUGAAGCCUGAUGUGUUCACUGAGGCUGCCUUCAAGGCCUUUCUGACGCAUCUCUGCCCACGGCCAGAGAUCUACGAGAUCUUCACUUCUUACUCCACAAAACCCACCAUGACAAAGGAGAAUUUCACCAAGUUUCUCAACGAGAAACAGAGGGACUCCCGGCUCAACGAGGAGCUUUUUCCACGUCUGCGGCAGGACCAGAUCAAGGCUCUGAUCGACAAAUAUGAACCCUGUUCUAACAAUACCAACAGAGGCCUGAUCUCUCCAGAAGGUCUUCUGUUCUACCUGAUGGGGUCGGAGACAUCGGUUGUGGUGCAGGACAGGCUGGCUAAGUGUCAGGAAAUGACCCAACCCAUACCCCACUACUUCAUCAAGUCCUCCCACAACACAUACCUGACAGCUGGUCAGUUCUCCGGUGUGUCCUCUCCGGAGAUGUACCGUCAGUGUCUGCUGUCCGGCUGCCGGUGUCUGGAGCUGGACUGCUGGAAGGGCAAACCUCCAGAUGAAGAGCCCAUCAUUACCCACGGCUUCACCAUGACAACGGAGAUCCUCUUCAAGGAUGUGAUUGAGGCCAUAGCUGAGAGCGCCUUCAAGACCUCACAGUACCCUGUUAUCCUCUCGUUCGAGAACCACGUCGACUCGGUGAAACAGCAGGAGAAGAUGGCCAACUACUGCAAAACCAUAUUUGGUGAUGCCCUGCUAACAGAGCCGCUGGACAAAUACCCUCUGAAGCCAGGCCAGCAGAUCCCCAGCCCAUCUGAGCUCAUGGGCAAGAUCCUCAUCAAGAACAAGAAGGGCAGCCACGAAAAACCAGCCCAGACUAAGAAAACCACCACAGCAGCCACCACCGACCAGACCACAACCACAACCACAACCACAGCUGCACCCAACCAGGUCCCAAACAGCACUCCUCAGGAUCCCGCAAACCCAGCACCCAGCACCCAGGAGACCCAAGAGGGCGACGCAGCUGUGGAGGAGAACGAGGAGCAAGAAGACGCAGAGGAACAGGAUGAGGAGAAAAUGAAGACAUCAGAUGAGGGCACAGCUGGACAAGAAGUGACAGCGUACGAGGCAAUGUCAUCCCUGGUCAACUACAUCCAGCCCAGCAAAUUCAUCUCUUUUGACAAUGCCAGAAAGAAAAACAAGAGUUACGUCAUCUCGUCUUUUGUGGAGACCAAAGGGGAGGCAAUGAUUUCCAAGACUGCUGUUGAAUUUGUGGAAUACAAUAAGAGGCAGAUGAGCAGGAUUUACCCCAAAGGAACAAGGAUGGACUCAUCCAAUUACAGCCCACAGCCUUUCUGGAAUGCAGGCUGCCAGAUGGUGGCGCUCAACUACCAGACCAUGGAUUUCCCCAUGCAGCUGAACAUGGCUCUGUUUGAGUUCAACGGCAGAACGGGUUACCUCCUCAAGCACGAUGUCCUGCGCCGCAGCGACAAGAAGUUUGACCCUUUCUGUGACAGGAUUGACACGGUUGUGGCAAGCACGCUGACCAUAAAGAUCUAUUCGGGCCAGUUUCUGUCUGACAAGAGUGUGAAAACAGGGGUGGAGGUGGAGGUGAUCGGGCUGCCGGGAGACCCCAAAAAGAAAUAUCGCACCAAGUGGUCCAGCACGCCCAACGCCAUUAACCCAGUGUGGAAUGAGGAGCCUUUUGUUUUUGAGAAGAUCCUGCUCCCAGAAAUGGCCUCUCUAAGAAUCGUAGUCCAUGAGGAGAACGGUAAAUUCUUGGCACACAGGAUCAUCCCACUUGAUGCCAUCCAAUCAGGCUUCCAUCACAUCUGCCUGCGCAGUGAGAGCAACUUGCCGCUCACUUUGCCCGCUCUCUUUGUCUACAUUGAGGUCAAGGACUAUAUCCCUGCUGCCUUUGCAGAUUUCACAGAUGCCUUAUUUAACCCAACAAAGGGCACAGAGAAGACAACAAAGACCCCAAAGGAGUCAUCAGCUGACUACAUUUCCCCCUACGAGUUGCCUCUUGCGGCCGAAACCCCCACGGACAAAGCUAAGGAAAGUGAAGCCCCCGUCAUAGAAAAGGCUGCAUCUGAACCGACACCGCCUGUUGAUGCCACUGACCAAUCGUCCCAGUCGGCUCCAGAAACAAGUGCAGAAGAAGCUAAAGAAGAGGCAGUGAACACAACAGAUACUCCACAGCCUGCAGCAGAGCCUCUUCAAACUCCUGAUACAGCUGCUGCUGCUGCUGCUGAAGAUCCAGCACCAGAUGCAGGAACAUCUGACCCCCAUCCCGAAGUCACUCCUUCCCCUGAGGAGGAGGCUGCCCCUGAAAAAGAAGCGCCCCCGGAGGCUGCCCCUGAAAAAGAAGCGCCCCCGGAGGCUGCCUCUGAAAAAGAAGCGCCCUCAGAGUCAGAGGCAGCUCCCGAAACCAAAGAUGAACCGGUAAAUGACUCCAGCACUGACCCUGAGCCUGCUUCAGAUGAUAAAGCAGGCACAGAGGAGGCUUCAGGAGCGCCUGCUGCUGCUGCUGCUGUGGUCGUGCCCUGUCCGGCCAGCACAUCGCCAGAGUCUGCAGGAUCGAAUGACUCAUCUGAGCCGCCGGCGUGCAGUGAAGAGCCUUCGACUGUGACUACUGAGGAACUGACACAGCACAAGAACUAUCUGAAGGUCAUCAAGCGCCAGGAGAAAGAGAUGAAAGAAACCGAAAAGAAGUAUCAGAAAAAAGGAGAGGACCUGAUUCAAAAAUACUCUGACUCCUUCAAGGCCAUGAUGAAGAAAACCUCUCUAAAGAAAAAAGAGGGAGGGGGAGGCACCUCGGACUCCAGCGUGAAGACGGAGCAGGUGAAGGAGCAGAAAGAGAAAAUGCAGGUCGAGCUGCAAGCUCUGUGGACGGAGCAGAACGAUCAGCUGAAGAAGAAGAAAGAGCAGUUUGCUACAGAGAGACUGACCAAACUGUUGGAGAUGGCCACAGAGAGACACACCAGUGAAGUGAAGACCCUGGAGAGUGAAGCCAAAGAUAAAAUGAAGAAAACGCUCUCAAAAUCUUCAUCCUCAAAGAAAGCAAAGCUUAAAAAGGCCAUGAGCACCGAGAUGUUGGAUGAGAACAGUCAGUCCGAUGGUGCAUCCUCAGAUCACAGCCCGCAGCAAGAGGCUCUGAAGAAGAAACAGGCAGCUACACUGGAAGAAAUCAAGACCCUGACUAAUCAGCUCAAUCAGGAGGCCCUGAAGGAGCACGAGCAGAAACUGAGGUCUCUGCCAGCGGAGGUGAGGGAUGCAGUUAAUGUCUGUGUGGGGGCUCACUUUCCUGAACUGGUUGACCAGGCUGGAGACAAGAAGGUGGAGGGAGGCGGCUUCUAUGGAGAUGUCUUCCUUGGUUAAGCUUGCCUUUUGAUCCCUGAGCCCUCAGUGUCACCUUGUCUUAACUUUUUAAAAACUUUUUAUCACUUUUACAUUUAUUUUUCAACCUGUUACAUAAUCUAUGGUCUAACUUUAGUUUAUUCAAUUAGGGAGCUGUGUGUGACAUUUCAGUUUAGAUUUCGGUGCUAUUCGUAAAGAAAGUAUUUUUUAGGGACUUUUAAACCAUAAUAAGGUUUUCAUGGGUGUCAGGUAGACCAAAAGUUAGAUUAUUUGGAAAUGAUUUUAAUUUUCUUUUUGACUCUUUAUUUUAGUUGCUUUUCAUUAGUAAAAAAAAAGACAAAAACAAAACACCCUCAACUGGGCUAUUCAGGGACAAAUAUCUUCCAGAUGAAAAGCCUCACAGUCUCUUUUCUGUUCUCUUAAUGAGUUUAAAAAUGGGAAUAAAUGAAGCACGAAAAAUGUGGCGGCAUCAGUCUGCCGGCUGAAUCAAGACAAUGACUCUCUCUGUAACAAUUGAGCACAGCUUGAUUUUACUUCUGUGAUCCUCCUUGAAGCCACAGCAAAACUGAGCAUUAGGUGUGUUGAACCCACACAGCAAGUUUUGCAGAAUGAAGUAAAGGUACAUUUAUACUGUCACAACAACAAUCAAGAUAAGGCCAUAAAAAACUAGAAUUACCACUUCACAGUUGUAUACCUCCGCCAACUAGUCAAGUUUACAUCCAUGUCUGUCCAGAAUCAUACAACAUAUGUAGUGAAGACUUUGAUUAUUGGUAUUAAGUGUAUUUUUUUCAGUUGUGAUAUAGAGAUAUAUAAAUAAAAUAGAUGUGCCUUGACUUUGUCAAGCUUUGUUGUUCUUGUUGGGCAUACUGUAUUAGUGUUAGUUCAUUGAGAGAAAUA